AUGUCUCAAAGGAAGAUGCUGCAGUCCUCUACUGGAGCUCUACUGCUCCUCCUGCCCUGGCUGGGUGGACUGGUCCUAGGUGAGAUCAGCAGCGAAUUCUCUCAGUGCCUCGACUUCUUCUAUGACAGAACUCCACCGCAGGGCAUCACUGCAGCAGGAUAUCAGCCUAUAUGCCAGCGUUACAGAAACCAGUACCACUUUGCCAGCCUGUACCACCGUCAGCAUCGAGCACCACUGUACUCUGCGUAUGUCCUCAGUCCUGCUGAUGGCAAACGACCCAAGUCCACCUGGAUGUAUGAACCACAGUUGGUGUUCUCCCGUGCCAGCCCAGAGAUGAAAGCCUUCAACAUCACCAUGGACCAGAAUGUGAUUGAGAGCCAGGCGGUGUUUCAGGACUACAAGAACUCAAGCUUCACUAAAGGCCAUCUCAAUCCCAGCAUGCACCAGAAGACAAAACAGAACCGUGAGGCCACAUUCACACUGACAAACAUUGUUCCUCAGAAAGCAGGCUCAAAUUCUGGUCCCUGGAGCCGCCUGGAGAGUGAGGUUUUGAAGAAGUUCCAGACCUUCUGCAACGGAUCGAUGUAUGUAAUCACAGGAGGCAUGCCGUAUAAGUCUGAGCCCCACUGGAUCAACAACAGGGUGUCUGUUCCUGAGUACAUGUGGUCUGCUUACUGCUGCCCGUCUUACAGCGCCAACCGGACCAACUCCAUGAGGCCAUUUUUCCCCACAUAUGCCGCCGUGGGAAGAAAUGACAAAAACAGUGAUGAGGAGAUAGUGCCGGUCAAUAUCAAGGCGAGAGCAUCAAUCAGGGGCUAUGAUGUGAGGAGGAUGUCUUUGGAGACUCUGGAAGCCAUCCUGAGACAAAGGCUGACUAUGCCUAUCAGUCUGUUCCAAGGACAGUGUCAGAAUUAAAGGUGAAAACGUGGCUCUAGUUUCUGUUGCAAUCAUCUACUAUAUGGAUGGCAGUAUUCAACGAUACAGCUUACAUACAAUCUUUGUAAGUGCUGAAGGAGUGUUCGAUUAAGGUGAACAUGAUGAUUUUCUCAUAAAGGUUUGAAAUUAAUUUCCCACAUAAUUUGGGUUUCAAAUAAAUCACUUUAUCUCUUGUGAAUAUCUUCUUGUGACACAUCAUCAUGGUUUUAUUCAUUAACGUGACUGAAAUAGGUUGAGGACCCCAGUCACAUCAGCAAAGUGCCAUCUGUUAAUUUCCCUGAAUUUGCUUCGAACUUCGCAGCUUUCUGCUGACUGCCUGAUUAUUUAUAAAAACUUCAGCCUGUUGCAACUAACAAGGCAAAUCAGCUUUCUGAAGUUGCAUCCAUUCUUCCCCCACUUGCGUCUUUUCUCUGUGUCUUAAUCCCGCCCACCUAAAUGCAUGGAGAGAUGUAAGGAAAAGAAGAGAAUGAGAGAAGGGGCAUGGAAACAUGUUUUCAGAGUCAUAAGACUUCCUCGUGAAGAGACAUAUGUUUGUGAUGAUGGUGUCAACAGAUCAUCACUUGAUCAGCUGUCAGUCUGCUUCAACAGCUGUUUGUGUCUGCACAUGUGCACUGUACUCAUUGUAAUAAAUGCACAGUAAGAGUGUUCUGUCUCUGUUGCCUGUUUAACAAACACCUGCUCAUUAAAGCAACCUGCACUCUG